AGAGUUUAAAAGUGUUUUAAAUGUUAAUUAAUAAGUUAAUUGGCAAUUGAGUGGGCAAAUUGUUUAUUGGGUGGAUGUAUUAACUUAAAUUUCGAGUGUUCGAAAUUGUAAUUGCACAAUGAGAAAUAAACAAAGACUUGAAAUGCAUUUUUUAUCGUCGAUUUUAAUUGUUUAAUCAGUAGAAGAAGAUUAAGAAUGAGUGUGUUAUUGGCGGCAGAAUCGGGAUGGAUAAUAUCUCACUUGAAUUAUAUAAAAACAAUUUAUAAAGAUAUCAAAAACAAAAAUCAGGAGUUUAAAUUCCAUUUCUAUGAUAAAUUGUUUGAAAUUAAUUGCCAAUUCCUCAGGGAUAAUCAAUUUGUCAAGGCCAUUGAUGGAGUAGUUGAUACUGACAAUAAUGAUAAGAAUAAGCAAAAGAGAAAGAGAAAAUUGGGAAUUAAUUCUUCGAUUUUUAAAGAAAUAAAAUUUGUUAAAGAGAGUUUUGAGGAAAUAAUGAGGGGAAAUCUGAGGGAUGAUUUUUUUUUACGUACAGGAAUUGGGGUAGGAGAUAAUAAUAAAGAGGCGAGAGGGGCUUCGGGGAAUUUUUUUAAAAAGAGUGCUCAGAAGUUUGAAGAAUUUUUUGGAGCGAAUUUAAGGGAUGAACCUGUUGUGGUGAAUUUCAAGAGGAUGGAAUACGUAUUUCCUGGGAAUUGCGAGUUCUAUUCUCAUGACGUGGGAAAUAUUGAGGAUAAAUUAGAGGGGAAAGAAUUUGAUUUUGUUUUAAUGGAUCCUCCAUGGUGGAAUAAGUUCGUCAGGAGAAAGAGAGAAAGGUCCACUGAAUCGGGGUACAAAAUGAUGCACAAUGAUGAGCUACUGAAGAUCCCUAUGGACAAAUUGUUAAAAACAAAUGGAGUUGUUGGUGUUUGGUGCAGUAAUGCUCAGAGUCAUUAUUCGGAUGUUAUUGAGAAGAUUUUUCCGAAUUGGGGAAUUAAACCUGUUGCCACUUGGUAUUGGAUUAAGGUUACGCGGUCAGGGCACCCAAUCUGCAAUUUUCGUUAUCAAUCAGUGAAGCAGCCUUAUGAAUUAAUUAUCUUUGGAAUUAAAAUUCAUAAUGAAGGAGUUAAAAUUCCAGAUAAGAAGAUUUUGAUUAGUAUUCCGAGUUCUGUACACUCGCACAAGCCUCCAUUAACAGAAGUAGUUCGACAAUUUCUUCCUGAAAACCCGAAGUGUCUGGAGAUUUUUGCGCGAUAUCUGCUGCCUAACUGGACUAGUUAUGGAUUAGAAGUUUUAAAAUUUCAGCACGAGUGGCUUUUUACUUGAAAUAAAGGACAAAACGAGUGAUUAA